AUCACAGUGAUCUUUUCCUCCUUCUGGAAGCUUCCCCGCCUCGAACCCGCAUAUAAAUACGCCCGUGGAAGAGACUCCAUGAGCACACAAAGUACUCCGGACAUCAGAGUGAGUUUUCCCUUCACAAGCACCAGCGUAGACUUUGGCCCAACACAGAUAGAUACCCAGAGAGUAUACACUCUCCUAGCCCUCAGAAUUUUCAACUUCAUCCUCAGAAAGUACCUCGUCGUGGAGUUCCCCAAAGGAUUUCCGGAGGAGAAAAAGCCUCUUUCCGAGAGGGAGGUAAAAGUCUCCCUUUUCAGUGCCCUCCUCCGCCUCUUCAAAGGCCCCUGCAGAAGUGCAAAGAGAAAGUUCGCGUGUCGCCUGCUCCCGAGAGUGCGAAAGGAGUGCCUCGACGGAGUGAACAUCGGCCUGGGAAGAGAUCCCUCCGAGAGAGUCUCCCUCUCCUCGAACAGACUCGCAAUGAAGGAGCUGGAAGCAACGGAGAAGUCCCACGCGUACAUCCUCACGGACGUAAUGAAGCACGAAAUAAAGGCCCUUCUGAGAUCCCUCGAGAAAAAGACGGACUCUGAGCACCCAAGCAGAGCCCCCUCUAAAUCCUGCAUGCAAGCCCACAUUCUCUCCCUCUACAAGGACGUUUUCUCGGGGAGAGUUCGCGCCUGCAAAAACACGUCGAAAAAUUCCCUCGUGCGGGGAACUCCCUGGACAAAGACACAGCGCAAGGAAAAGCGAAUUGAAAGGGAGAAAUACGAUAAGACCGGGUACAGGGAGAAGACAAAUAUCUACGUGAGUGCAAGAUUCGGGUGCCAGGGAUACAAGAUGGCCCUCUACGGGCACUCCCUCCAGAGCGAGGAGGAAAUACGGGAUGUGAAAUCUGGAACGAUCAGACACGAUAAAACCGUCGAUCAGGAGAUAGAAGCAAGUGCGAACUUCUUCCUCGCAGGAAUAAACUCUGCGAGAGUAAAAGCCUUCACAAAAAAGAAAAGUCUCACAAUCACAGACGAGGCAACAGGAAAAAAGGAGGAAAAUACGUCGAAGGAGUGGGUCCUCGGGGGAAGAAUCAGAGCAGGAACCUGGCACGGGGGAUUGACUGUGGGAAAGACCGUGGACGAGGAGACUUCGAGUGAGUUCGCCCCGUUCACAGCGUAUGAAGACGUGGAGAGCACGAAAACAGAAAAACUCGGGGGAUCCGUGACUGGGGGCGUGGGAUGCUCGUGGAUUUUCUCUGUAGAUGCAGCCGGAGGAAUAAAUCGCACGAAAAAGGCGAUAAGUCGCAAAUGCAGUGAUCCCGUGAAGAAGGAGCACAGUCGAGACCAUGAAAGCAUCGAUUACUCCUGCGGGUUUACUCUGGGCGUGGACUUUGUCCCGAUAAUUUUCCUGGAGGAAGGUCUUUCUUUUGAGUUUGCCCUGGGGGAUGAAAUAUACUCGAUCGACAGGCGAUCAAACGAAAAAAACACGGCCGUAUACCCCCUCGGAAAGUCCGUCUGCAAUGCAAGAGUUGUCGCUUCCUGUCACUUUCUGAGCAUAAAUCCCGUAGCAGUUAUUGCAAGGAUCAAGAAUCUCGUCCUUCUCAGAGGGUCCGUGGAGAGCGGAAGUGCAGAUCAUGCGAGCAGUGCAGUCGAGGAGUACACGUUCAGCACGUUUAUAAGCACUUCCCGGGAGGAGCUGCAGAAUAUGGUGAUGUACAGCGUGGGAAUGGGGGGAGACUCUCAUAGCUCCGAGGAGUUUUCCCCGGAUAAAAAGCAGAUCUGCAGGAAGACGGGCAGGAAAUACUACAAAAUGUGCGUGGGAUUUGAAGUCCACGUAGAGAAAACAAGAGAAAGCAUAGAGCCAAAUCCGAAUGCAUAUUACAGUGACCACGAGAGCGACAGCAUCUCCAGGAGUGAUGAGGAUGCAGGGGAUAGUAUAUACAGCGAGUAUUUAGAGUACUCUCGGGAGGUUGAUAAACAGAGGGAGAAAAUAUUCGGAAUUGGCGAGGGAGUAGCAGAGACUUUUUCCAUGCGGAUUUUCUUCAGGGAAAUACCGUGCGAUGACUCCUGCAUGAAAACUCGCGUGGAAAAGGGCGUUUUGGAGAUCAUCCUCUGCGGAAAGUGUCUGAGUAGGUGGGUCUGUGCGAAGAUCCCGAUCCAGGGAGUCCUGCACGCGGGAGAGUACGAGGAAGACGGGAUGACUCUAAACUUUCCCCCGACAAGGCACCUCUCCAGCUUCACUCCCUCCCUCUCACGGGAGUACGUGGAGAAGGAGGAGAGAUCGAUGUACACGUGCUCUCUUCUCGUCUUCAGUGAAGUCCUGGAGUGGGAGUGCAGGUCCUCCUUCGGGGCGUAUUUGGAGCACGUGGAGAGAGAAGAUAGGGAAGUUUGCAGGAAGGACGUGCUUUUUCUCCCCGUGAGAUGCGGGGGAAAAGACGUAAUUCUCCUGGAGUGUGCUGCUAAGAUCCUGCACGAAGAGUUAGAGUGGAUCGUAUGCAGUGCGACUGAUCUCUCCAUGAAGGGAGACUUUCUUCGGGUGAGCAGGAGAGUGAGCGAGAGAGUGGAUGUGGGCCUUCUGGGAGUACUCCUCCAGAACAGGGGACUCUUCCGGAUGCAGGAAUUGCUUCCCUUCAGUCACUCUCCGCUGAAAAUGUGCGCUCACGAUGAUCCGUAUGACUCCUGCCUGCACAAUGAGUCUGUGGGGGGAAUGAUUCACUAUUGGAGAAUGUGGUUUCACAGGAAAAAACUAUCGCAUAAAACGUGCGAGAAGUGCAGGGGAUAUCCGCCCUUACGUGAUAACUUCUUCUUUCCUGCACUUACUCGGAAGAAGUACCGAUAUACGGUCGACUGGAGUGCAUACGCCCCGGAAACUGAGAGGUUGAAUCCUUCGAGUAUUUAUGCGGGAUGCGUUAUGGAGGGGAGAUAUCCUGUGGAUUUCGGGGGAAGUGCACAGGAAAGUCUUCGGAUGAACUUUCAGGAGACGGUGGAGUUUAUCUCGAGGGUGCACGCUCUCUCUCUUUUGGGGGAGAAUGUUUGGAUGAAUGUGUACGGUGAGAGUGAAAGACUCAACAGGAAAUUCCUUCGAGUGUGGGCACAUGAAAAGUCCGGGGUGGAGGAAGUCCUUGAUCUUCGGGGGGCGUAUAUGGAGUGGGAGAAUCCUCUGCGGGAUCUGAUCUUUGAGAUUGUAAUCCCGACGGGGGAGGGCAUUUACUUCUCCCUGCAGGAGAGGAGUAUUGUAGUUUUUUCCUUGUUUUUAGCGUGGAAGAAGACGCUGGAAUAUAUCCGCAUUUCUCCGCCGGGGGGAUUUUUCUGCGACUUAGACUCUGCAGGGUCAGGAGAUUCCUCCACCUGCCAGGAGGAUCCCUCCCGUAGAGAUCUACUCGAUAAAGUCAAGCGAAUAUGCGAGAAAGUCUAUGCAAUAAAGCUCUGA